UGGUGGUUUUUAAAUUUUAAAUAUACAAAAGUUGUAUAAACCACAGUUUUUAAAACCCCAAUUUCAGCUGAUGAAAUACCUAGGAUCAUCACAGUAUGUGUUCUGUGGCUAGGAAAUGCGGAUCAAGGAAAGUUAAAACUAAAAACUAAGAUAUGUGUAGAGUAAUAUUGUUCUGAAUUGUGGAGUGCCGUAGUUAUGGCUGAAAAAAAUGCAAAGAAAGAAAAUGAACACGUUUAUCCCGAGGGAGGAUACGGGUGGGUGAUAGUAUUUGCUAUAAUUCUAUUAAAUACAAGCCUCCUUACCCUAAUUUACUGUUUUGGUAUUAUUUUCCGAGAUGAAUUCAAAGCGAUGGGAAUCACUGCCGCCAAAACUUCGUUUCUUCUUCAUUUACAAAGUUCAUUGUUUUGUAUUGUAGGUUUUUUUGGUAGUCCAUUGUUAAAAAAAUUUCAAUUUAGAUGGGUAGCUUGUUUAGGCGCUUUGAUAUGGUGUACAGGCAUUUUUCUUACUAGUUUUGCUAAUUCGUAUGCAGCGCUUGUAGUUACAAUAUCAAUUAUGACAGGUGUGGGCCAGGGGAUACUAAUGCCUGCGACCUACCUUGCCACAAACUCGUAUUUUAAAAAAAGACUGACUUUAGCUGUAAGUAUAUCGACAACAGGUGCUAGCAUCUUUUCAGUAUUUUCGCCAAAAAUGUGUGAUCUUUUACUGGCCAAUGUAGGAAGGAGAUAUACAGUCCUAAUUUUGUUUUCCAUCAGUCUUCUCUCGUUCAUCGGUUGUUUUUUGUUAAAGCCAGUGAAAAAGACAAUUGAUAUUGAUGAAAUGAUGGAGUUGGAUAGUAAAAAUGAGCAGGUAUCACCAAAUAACGACCAAUCUCCACACAUUUACAAAGAAACUACAACUCCUAAACAGAAAACCGAAACGGUGAUAUCAAAAAUAGUUAACAUGUUUGACUUAAAACUCUUGAAACAAGUGUCAUAUUCUGUAGCUGUCGUUUCGUUGUCGAUAUCCUUUGCAGCAGAACUUAACGUGAUACUUAUGAUGCAAUUUGUACUUCCCGAAUUGUCAGAUUUUAACAGAACUGAUGUAGCUAACAUUAUUUCGGUGCAAUUUAUGUUUGACAUUAUUGGAAGACUGUUCAUUCCUGGUAUAUUCCAUUGUUUUGGAGCUAGUCCCAAAUGGAUUUAUAUGGGUGCCUUAUUAACAGCCACUGCAGCUAGAACCUUAAUGGUUACAUAUUCUCACUCUCACGUAGCUGUCAAUGUAGCAGUAUGCAUAAUUGGAGUCACCAAAGGAUUAAGAGCAGUAUAUCAGUCACUUAUUGUACCAAAGUUAGUACCGCUAGAUAAAUUCGUAGCAGCUAAUGGUUUUCAGAUGUUCCUCACCGGUACAAUUUCUCUAAUUAUUGGACCAUUAAUAGGUGCAAUUCAUGAUUCUUGGAACUCUUAUAUACCUGCUUUACAUGCAGCUUCAAUAUUGUCUUGUGCGUGUGUGAUAAUUUGGACAAUUGAAUCAAUUUUUAAUAAACAAAGCAGUAUUCCAGAGAGUUAA